GGGGAACACUGUGGGUCACCGGGAACGGGGAACACUGUGGGUCACUGGGAACGCUGUGGGUCACCGGGAACGGGGAACACUGUGGGUCACCGGGAACGGGGAACACUGUGGGUCACCCGGAAUGGGGAACACUGUGGGUCACCGGGAACGGGGAACACUGUGGGUCACCGGGAACAUUGUGGGUCACCGGGAACGGGGAACACUGUGGGUCACGGGGAACACUGUGGGUCACCGGGAACGGGGAACACUGUGGGUCACCGGGAACACGGAACACUGUGGGUCACUGGGAACGGGGAACACUGUGGGUCACCGGGAACGGGGAACACUGUGGGUCACCGGGAACGGGGAACACUGUGGGUCACUGGGAACGGGGAACACUGUGGGUCACCGGGAACGGGGAACACUGUGGGUCACCGGGAACACUGUGGGUCACCGGGAACACUGUGGGUCACGGGGAACGGGGAACACUGUGGGUCACCGGGAACACUGUGGGUCACCGGGAACACUGUGGGUCACUGGGAACGGGGAACACUGUGGGUCACCGGGAACGAGGAACACUGUGGGUCACGGGGAACGGGGAACACUGUGGGUCACCGGGAACGGGGAACACUGUGGGUCACCGGGAACGGGGAACACUGUGGGUCACUGGGAAUGGGGAACACUGUGGGUCACCGGGAACACUGUGGGUCACUGGGAACACUGUGGGUCACCGGGAACGGGGAACACUGUGGGUCACGGGGAACGGGGAACAUUGUGGGUCACCGGGAACACUGUGGGUCACCGGUAACGGGGAACAUUGUGGGUCACCGGGAACGGGGAACACUGUGGGUCACCGGGAACAUUGUGGGUCACCGGGAACGGGGAACACUGUGGGUCACCGGGAACGGGGAACAUUGUGGGUCACCGGGAACGGGGAACACUGUGGGUCACUGGGAACACUGUGGGUCACUGGGAACGAGGAACACUGUGGGUCACUGGGAACACUGUGGGUCACUGGGAACAU